AUGGCUGCUCGACAUCGUGUUCGAAAUCUUGGGGUCUUGAAUGCAGGAAAUGAAGAGGACAUAUGCACCACAGAGCAGUUCAAUCAGAUGCACCCACCCACUUUUGAUGCGCCGUUGCUUCUCCACCCUUCCAUUUCAGAUUCGUUUCCCCUUUCUUCAACCCAUGCGGCUGCUGCUUCUCCUCUUCUCCUUCAUUUUAUGUCAUUUUUUGUUCUCCUCUGUUUUUCAUUGAGUUGCCGUCUGCAGUGUUCCUUCUUCCUCUCCAUCUUAUUUUCGGAUCUUCCCCUCUACAAGUCAGCAAACGCCACCACUCAUUCCUCCAUCUUCGGCUGUCGUGAGCUUCAAUUGUUUUUUGGUGUUUUUGGUGCUUGCCGUGAAUGCAUCUUCUGCCAUCGCUUGUUACCUCUCGAUUUCCGUUGGGGGCUGGUUACAUAUUUUCUUCUUCAGGUAAAAAACGAUGAGCUCUUCUCUUGUUGGGGAGAAUCUGUACCCGGAGGGAAUCCAAAAACAUCUUGAAUCUUGCUGCUGUUGUUGAUAGGCUCAU